AUGGCCGACAAAUCCGAUGACAGCAGUCAGCUUCGGCGACGGAGAACGAGGACCAAUGAAGAGGGCGACGAUUCGGAUGAAAACAACCCGAUGGGCAAAGCGAAGGUCGCAGACAGUCAUGACGAGAAAGAAAUAAAAACUAAAAACAACGGUCUUAUGGAGCUUGAACCCGGAACAUAUUGGCUGACGCGGAUCGUGUUUUUGAGGUCCCUCGCCUUUAUUUAUUCUGUAGCAUUCUUGGUAGCAUUGCAUCAAAACCGGGCUUUACUCGGAAAAAAUGGUUUACUUCCAGUAAACGUGUUCAUGCUCCAAAUCAAAGAACAUUUCCAACAUGAUAUUCAUCAGUGUCUUAAUGCUGUACCAACCAUACUGUGGUUUUGUGACAUCAAUGAUGUAGACUUUUAUCUUGAUGCUAUAGCAACAAUUGGAUUGGUGUUAGCUAUCUUGGUGACUGUUUGCGGAUGUAGCAAUAUGGUUGUUAUGACAUUGCUAUGGAUACUGUAUCAUUCGAUUGUCAACGUUGGGCAGAGAUGGUAUUCAUUUGGAUGGGAAUCUCAGCUUUUGGAGACUGGGUUCUUAGCAAUAUUCAUGUGUCCGUUGUUAACAUGGAGACAGAUACCACGGAAGACACCCACACCACUGGUUACUAUACUAGGCUAUCGAUGGCUCAUAUUUAGAAUCAUGCUAGGUGCUGGUUUGAUUAAAAUCCGAGGUGACCAAUGCUGGAGAGACUUAACUUGUAUGAACUAUCAUUAUGAGACUCAACCUGUGCCAAAUCCCAUCAGUUAUUACAUGCACCAAGAACCUGAAUUCUUUCAUAAAUUUGAAACUCUCGUCAACCAUUUCAUUGAGCUGGUGGCACCAUUCUUGAUUUGGAUACCAUGGCGACCAGCCAUCAUUCUUGGAGGCCUUUUCCAGGUGUUGUUCCAGGUGGUUCUUAUCAUCAGUGGUAAUCUGAGUUUUCUGAACUGGCUGACUAUUUUACCAUCUCUGUGCUGUAUGGAUGAUAAGUUCUAUGCUUUCUUAUUCUCCAAUUCAGAAGGAUGGGCCAAACACAAAGUGUGUAUGAUACAGCGGGAAGCAAGAACGGGUACUGGACCAAGAACUACAUGGGGAAUGUAUGUUCGUCGUGUUGUUAGUAUUUCGCUUGGUAUCCUGAUAGCCUAUCUGAGUAUACCAGUUGUGCAGAAUCUGCUCUCCAAGUAUCAAGCCAUGAAUACAUCAUUUGAUUCACUACGAUUGGUCAAUACAUAUGGAGCAUUUGGAAGCGUCACCAAGGAGAGAACUGAGGUGAUAAUACAGGGCACUUUAAGUGAACGUCCUAGAAGUCCAGAAGCUGUCUGGUUGGAGUAUGAAUUCAAAUGUAAACCUGGUAAUGUUACCAGGAGGCCAUGUUUAAUAUCACCAUAUCACUAUCGACUUGACUGGCUCAUAUGGUUUGCUGCAUUCCAGAAUUAUGAAUCAAAUCCCUGGUUGCUCCACUUAGCUGCCAAGUUUAUGGUAAAUGAUGAGAGCACAUUGGAUCUUAUCGCAUAUAAUCCAUUUCAAGAUACUGAUCCACCACGAUACAUACGUAUGGAACAUUAUAGAUAUACAUAUACAAAAAUUGGUAGUGAAUCGGCCAAGCGUGGUCAGUGGUGGGACAGAACCAAAAUCGCAGACUACUUGCCGCCAGUAUCAUUAAAUGAUAUAGUACCAUAUUUGAAAAGAAGAGGAUACGGAGUUCCUAAAUUACGCGGCAAAGUGAAAUUAAAAGAUAAGAAAAUAGAAAAGAAAACUUGAUAAUGAUAAUUCUGGGCUUCUUUAGGCCAGACUUUUAUUACCCCUUGUUUCGCGA